AUGGGGCUGAGCACUCUGUCUCAGUGCACUCAUGCUGCUGCUACACUGCUCUACCCCUUCAGCUGGGCACACACCUACAUUCUCAUUGUCCCAGAGAGUCUUCUGGCCACUGUCUGCUGCCCCACCCCUUUCAUGGUUGGAGUCCAAAUACGCUUUUGGCAGGAGGUGAUGGACAGCCCCAUGGAAGAGGUGCUGCUGAUGGAUCUUUGUGAAGGAGUUUUCUUAUUGUCAGUUGGUGAUAAAAAAGACAUCCUACCACCGAAGCUUCAGGAUGACAUCUUAGCCUCCCUUGGUCAGGGGAUCAAUGAGCUAAAGACUUCAGGACAAAUCAAUGAACAUGUUUCGGGCCCUGUUGUGCAGUUCUUUGUCAAAACUGUUGGUCACUAUGCUUCCUACAUCAAGCGGGAGGCCAAUGGGCAAGGCCACUUCCAAGAACAGGCCUUACAGAAUAAGGCUCUGACUUCCAAGACAAACCGACUAUGUGUGAAGAAAUUUGUGAAAACUCAGCUCUUCUCUCUUUUUAUUCAGGAAGCUGAGAAGAGCAGGCAUCCUCCUGCAGGUUAUUUCCAACAGAAAAUACUUGAAUAUGAAGAACAAAAGAAACAGAAAAAAUCCAGGGAAAAUAUAUGA